CGGCAUCCUUGUCCGAACCUGCGGAUGCUCCCCAAAGUCGUAUUUGAAGCCCCACCAAGACAACAACCAAUUGAAAAAUGCCGGAUGAGGGGGUACGUGGCAAUGUUUCACCUCAGUUCUCCUCAUCCACCCGAAGUUUGCCAGGGCUACCACUUCAAACUUGAUACCGCCAACCACAUCACCGAGAUCAGGCUCAGUGCGAAUCAAGCCUUCCAUCAUGCCUUUUUCACUCUCGACAUUUCACGUUGCUCAAGUGGUGGGCAUUGGGGCGACCACGUGGCUUUCCGGUGAGUGAGACAUGCGGUUGAGUUCAGUCACGUUGCGGCUGCCCAGUGUUGGACGGGCGCGCCCAGAGGCUAACUGCCAGACAGGAAAUAUCGCGUCGAUAUCUCUCUUUGCCAAUGCUGCUCUCCGUCGUUCCAUCGCAGAGGACUCAAUCCCUUACACCAUCGCGGCCCGACUAUGGAAGUACACUCUGGAACAGGGAAAGCCGAACCCGCCCACGGCAGCGUUUGCCUCCCUGACUCUUGCCUUUUGCGCUUGCCGCGUCGGAAUGCUGGAGGGAACGUCGGGUCGGUUCUGGUUGAACGCUGCGGCGGCAGCGUUGACCCUGGGCAUGAUUCCGUAUACGGUGGUAUGGAUAUUGCCGAUCAACGGUAGAUUGAUCGAUAUCGCAAACAGCCGGGACGAGGCUGUUUCGGACAUCGUGGAAGUGAAGGAGCUGCUGAGCCGUUGGUCGAAGCUCAACUGGAUUCGAAGCGCCAUUCCUCUUACUGCGAGUUGCCUAGCGUUCGCGGCUGCCGUAUAUUGAGGAUACAUGUAGCUCAAUGGCGGAAUGACCCUGGGCUAGCGGCGUUUAUUGAAAGAAAAUAUCAAAGGUCGCAAGGCCCCUCUUGCGAGAAAAUAAGAGACGCAUGGCUGUUUUAGUAAUUACAGCCGCUUUAUACAUCCAUUGUGACUUGUG